UGUCCCUCUCUCUCCCUCCUUUGCACCGCGAAACAGAUAAGAGAGGCUUACGAGCAGCAGAAGCAGCUGGAGAAGAACGUCACCGGAUAAGAUUGAUCGAGCCAGAGCGAGUGGGAAGGCCAAGAAAUUGGGGAAUGUCGUCACCGGCAGCGACGCUCUCGUGGAGGAGCUCCUCGUCCCUGCUCCAGAGCUUCGGCGGUUGCAGCAAUGAGGCCACCAAGCUGCCCGACAAGAGAACUGGGCUGCUGGUUUUCGCCCAGAAGAAAACCAAGAAGACCCGCAAGAUAAUACUGAAGGAGGACGUGGUGUCCCUGGGGAACAAGGGUGAGCUGCUGGAUGUGAGGGCCGGGUACUACCGGAACUUUCUCUUGCCCACGGGAAAGGCUCAGAUUGUCACUCCUUUUCUGCUCAAGGAAAUGAAAAUUGAAGAAGAAAGAAUCGAGGCUGAGAAGAUUCGGGUGAAAGAAGAAGCCCAGCAACUUGCUCUAAUGUUCGAAACCGUCGGAGCUUUUAAGGUGAAGCGCAAGGGUGGAAAAGGAAAGCAGAUCUUCGGAACCGUGACUGCUCAAGACCUCGUGGACAUUAUCAAGGCUCAACUUCAGAGGGAAGUAGACAAGCGAAUCGUAGAACUUCCAGAGAUACGCGAAACAGGGGAAUAUGUGGCAGAGCUGAAGCUUCACCCUGAAGUAACCGCUCGAGUGAGGGUGAACGUGUAUGCGAACUGAGAGAUGGGCAGUGUCCAGCUUGAUGCGAUCCCCACUGAGCUCGACUUGUAUAAGAAGCGUAAUUUGAUACAUAUGUAGAGGUGCAUUAGGGGAAUGGUUUUGGGAAGGAGAAAUGUAGUGAUUGUGUAAUCUUUAGAGUAAAGCAAGUAAGAGUUCUUUGUGAAUCAAAAUAGCCGUUCAAAUUUGUGUAUUAAAAUAUAUCAAAGCUUUUAUUUGUUGAUA